ACGGUCACAACCCAUUCUGUCACCAACUCAAACAUUAAUGAAAGCCAAUAUAAAUGUUUUGAUAAUCUUUUAUGGAAUGUUUGGGAUGGAAUUUGGAAGUUGAAUUGAGGAAGCAAAGUUCAUGUUCUGUGCAAUUGGCCAACAAGACAGAAAAUUAUGUUGCCUUUAAGGUUAAAACAACCAAUCCCAAGAAAUAUUGUGUCCGUCCCAACUCUGGCAUUGUCUUGCCUGGAAGUACAUGCAAUGUCACAGUUAUCAUGCAAGCUCAAAAGGAAGCACCUCCUGAGCAGUGCAGGGAUAAGUUCCUCAUCCAAAGUGUUGUUGCUCCAGAUGGUACAACCAACAAAGACAUAACCCAAGAAAUGUUUAACAAAGAGGAUGGUCGAGUCCUGGAGGAAAUCAAAUUGCGGGUCAUUUACAUUCCUGCAAAUCGCCCCUCACCUGUUCCUGAAGGAUCUGAAGAGGUGACUCCUCCCAGAGAAUCUGCACAUGAAAAUGGGAAUCAAAAUUCAUCAUUCGAAGAUGUAUCAAGAUCUCCAGAGGAGACUAAAGAGAAGUCCUCAGAGGCAUGGUCUGCAAUUUCGAAGUCGACAGACGAGAAAUCUUCUGCCUUGCAACAAAAUCAAACGCUUCAUCGAGAACUGGAACUGAUGAGAAAAGAAAUUAGCAGAAGUCAUGCUGGUGGCUUCUCUCUAUGGCUUGUGCUGCUAUUUGGUCUUGUUGGUGUCCUAAUCGGCUAUCUUGUUAAGAGAGCAUAGGAAGAACUGCAGUUGGAACCAUCUC